CUGGUAAAGAAAUCCUCUGAAAGGGUGGGGUUUAGUCAACUGUUGUGCACAUUGACACUUUCUGAAUCGGGGGAAUAGAGAAGUCAACAUAUUUGCCACCACCAAGUUUGUUUCUAAAAAUCUUUCACAGGGCAUAUUGGAGAAAAACAGAUAGUGUCAUACCUGAAUGAACAAUGUCAGAUAACAUGCUGGAAGAGGUAUUCAUAAAACGCUCUCAGCAAAAGAAGAAAACUUCACCCUUAAACUUCAAAGAGAGAUUGUUUGUACUCACACAGGAAAAGAUUGCAUACUACGAUUAUGACUUUGAAAAAGGGAAAAAAAAAGGAUUAAAGGGGUUUGUUGACAUUGACAAGAUUAAAUGUGUGGAGCUUGUGAUACCAGAAGACAAUGCUCCCCCUGAACGAUUGUUCCCAUUUCAGAUAGUCUAUGAUGAGGGACCACUCUACAUUUUUGCCAAAACAGAUGAUAUACGAAAGCAGUGGAUACAUAAACUUAAGCAUGUGGUCCGGUUCAACAAAGACCUAAUGCAGAAAUACCACCCCUGUUUUUGGGAGGAUGGAGUGUGGAAGUGUUGCCAGCAGGAAGUCAAGCAGGCUAUGGGCUGCAAGGUGCUGGAAAUGAAAAAUGGAGGAUUUUCCGUAGUAUCUCGGCGUAAAUCUAGGAAACCUCUCCCACCUACACCUGAAGAGGUUAAGCCCUCUACAUCUUUGUUCCAUGAGUCACCAAAGCAGCAUGGCUUCUCAGUGGGUAUGACAGUAAUUGCAGAAUAUGACUACACUCCCAUGGCACCCCAAGACUUGGAGUUGAAAAAGGAUGACGAAUACACAAUUUUGGAAAUAUGUGAUGCCAACUGGUUUAGAGCCAAAGACAAUAAUGGGAUCGAGGGAUAUAUUCCAAGUAACUAUGUGGUUGAGGCCUUGAAUGGUUUGGAGAAAUUUGAAUGGUAUUGCAAAAACAUGAACCGCAGUCAAGCAGAAAAUUUACUUAAGACUGAGAAUAAAGAUGGUGGCUUUCUGGUGCGAGACUCAGGAAGAUACACUGGAAAAUAUACCGUCUCUGUUUUCACCAAGGGAAUUGGAGAAGUGGUUGGCAGCUGCAGACACUACAACAUAAUAUCCACUCAACAAGGACAGUUUUACCUGGCAGAGAAGCAUUAUUUCAGUAAUAUACCAGACCUCAUCAAUUACCACCAGCACAAUGCUGCAGGACUUGUGAGCAGACUAAAAUACAUUGUGUCAACUCGAGCUCAGAAUGCACCAUCCACUGCAGGCCUGGGAUAUGGAGUCUGGGAGAUUGAUCCCCGCCAACUCACUUUUAUCAAAGAAUUAGGCAAUGGGCAAUUUGGGGUUGUUAAAUAUGGAAAGUGGCAGGGUCGGCAUGAUGUGGCCAUAAAAAUGAUCAAGGAGGGUUCUAUGUCAGAGGAUGAUUUCAUCGAAGAGGCUAAAGUCAUGAUGAAACUUCAUCAUGAAAAUCUUGUUCAGCUAUAUGGUGUUUGCACAAAACAAAGACCUAUUUACAUAGUAACUGAGUUUCUUCCAAACGGAUGCCUACUGACCCACUUACGGGAGUACCUGCGACACCCCUCUGCUCUUCAACUCCUUGAGAUGUGUAAAGAUGUGAGCGAAGGAAUGGCCUACCUAGAAUCCCAGCAGUACAUUCACAGAGACCUUGCUGCCAGAAAUUGUUUAGUUGAUUCAAAUGGGACUGUUAAAGUGACUGAUUUUGGACUGUCACGGUAUGUCCUUAAUGAUGAAUAUACUAGCUCUGCUGGCUCACAGUUCCCUGUACGCUGGUCACCUCCUGAAGUACUCCUUUACCACAAAUUCAGCAGCAAGUCAGACAUUUGGGCCUUUGGUAUUUUAAUGUGGGAAGUCUACACACUAGGUAGAAUGCCAUAUGAACGUCUGAAUAAUACUGAAAUAGUGAAUGAAGUUACUGCUGGCUAUAGACUGUAUCGCCCUCAGAUGGCCAACGAUAGAAUCUACUCCAUAAUGACCAAAUGUUGGCAUGAGAAACCAGAUGAACGACCCUCAUUUCAGGAUCUUGUGAUGGCCAUUCAGGAUUUGCUUGACAAUCUCCACUAGACCACCAACCUAGUGACAGAAAAUGCCUGCAUAUUAGGAUAGCCCUGCAAACAUAAAAACACUGGGCCCUGAAUUGCAGCUACAUUUACAAUUAGUAAAUAUAAAUAGAGUAUUUAUGAUUUUGUGAAACUUUCUAUAUAAAUGUUUUUUACAUUA